AUGUCAAUGAGUGAAGAGGAGAAGAUGGUGUUGCAACAGAAGAUACGCGACCGGACGCCCAAACUGCCGAUAUCCAAGGUGAAACGUAUAGGUAAAGUGGAUCCUGAGAGCAUUCUCACGUCUAAUAUGGCAUAUGUGGCCACUGCCUUUGCUACGGAGCUAUUUGUACAGUCGUUUGUUGAGCAAGCGCUAUUUGGUGCUCAGUUGAGGAGAGGCAAGAAGAAAGCAGGGCUGCGAUUGACUAACGAUGCAUUGGUUGAGUGUGUUAGAAACAGAGACGAUUAUAUUUUUUUGGAAGAUGUGGUACGGCAUAUAGAGAAGCCCAAGACUUCCAGUGGUCUUCACAAAUUAUCAGCCAAGCCGGUGGGGCAAGGUCAAGAAGCAGAGCAAAAGGACGCGUCAAUGGAAGAGGAUAUACCCGAGGAAGAUUUACAAGAAGAUGAUGAGAUGGAUGUAGACGAGACUGAACCAGCCGAACGUCCAGCUGCAAGCAAAGCUAGUGAUGUUAAUAAAGCAUCCGCUUCGGCGAAAUCAAUAUUAUCAGCUUUCAAAUAUGCUCCAGAAUCAGCUCCUCAAAUUCAUGGAAGUACACAAACCGAAGAAGAUGAGGGUGAUGAGAAGGAAGAAGAUGAAGAUGAAGAAGAAGAGAUAGACCCAGAAGUACAAACACAGCUGCAAGAAGUAGAAAAAAUGAACGUUGUUGCUGAUCUUGAUGAAGAAUCCGAAGUUUCCUCUGAUGAAGACGAAGCAUCGGCAGAUGAUGGGUGA